CCGAUGAUCCAGAUGCUGAAGCUGAUGCUGAGCUUGAUUCAGAUGCUGAUCCAGAUGCCGAAGCUGAUGAUUCAGAAGCAGAUGUCUCAGAUGCUGAAGCUGAUGAUUCAGAAGCAGAUCCAGAUGGUGAGCUUGAUUCAGAAGCAGAUGAUCCAGAUGGUGAAGCUGAUGAUUCAGAAGCAGAUCCAGAUGCUGAAGCUGAUGAUUCAGAAGCAGAUGAUCCAGAUGCUGAAGCAGAUGAUUCAGAAGCAGAUGAUCCAGAUGCUGAAGCAGAUGAUUCAGAUGCUGAUGAUCCAGAUGCUGAGCUUGAUUCUGAUGCCGAAGCUGAUGGUUCAGAUGCUGAGCUUGAUUCUGAUGCCGAAGCUGAUGAUUCAGAUGCUGAUCCAGAUGCCGAAGCUGAUGAUUCAGAAGCUGAAGCUGAUGCUGAGCUUGAUUCAGAUGCUGAUCCAGAUGCCGAAGCUGAUGAUUCAGAUGCUGAGCCAGAUGCUGAAGCUGAUGAUUCAGAAGCAGAUCCAGAUGCCGAAGCUGAUGAUUCAGAAGCAGAUGAUCCAGAUGCCGAAGCUGAUGAUUCAGAUGCUGAUCCAGAUGCCGAAGCUGAUGAUUCAGAAGCAGAUGAUCCAGAUGCUGAAGCUGAUGAUUCAGAUGCUGAUCCAGAUGCCGAAGCUGAUGAUUCAGAAGCAGAUGAUCCAGAUGCUGAAGCUGAUGAUUCAGAUGCUGAUCCAGAUGCUGAGCUUGAUUCUGAUGCUGAAGCUGAUGCUGAGCUUGAUUCUGAUGCUGAGCCAGAUGCUGAGCUUGAUUCAGAUGCUGAAGCUGAUGAUUCAGAAGCAGAUCCAGAUGCUGAAGCUGAUGAUUCAGAAGCAGAUCCAGAUGCCGAAGCUGAUGAUUCAGAUGCUGAUCCAGAUGCCGAAGCUGAUGAUUCAGAAGCAGAUGAUCCAGAUGCUGAAGCUGAUGAUUCAGAUGCCGAUCCAGAUGCUGAGCUUGAUUCAGAUGCUGAAGCUGAUGAUUCAGAUGCUGAUGAUCCAGAUGCUGAGCUUGAUUCAGAUGCUGAAGAUGAUGAUUCAGAAGCAGAUCCUGAUGAUGCCGAAGCUGAUGAUCCAGAUGCUGAAGCUGAUGAUUCAGAAGCUGAAGCUGAUGCUGAGCUUGAUUCAGAUGCUGAGCCAGAUGCUGAGCUUGAUUCAGAUGCUGAAGCUGAUGAUUCAGAAGCAGAUCCAGAUGCUGAAGCUGAUGAUUCAGAAGCUGAAGCUGAUGCUGAGCUUGAUUCAGAUGCUGAUCCAGAUGCUGAGCUUGAUUCAGAUGCUGAAGAUGAUGAUUCAGAAGCAGAUCCUGAUGAUGCCGAAGCUGAUGAUUCAGAAGCAGAUGAUCCAGAUGCCGAAGCUGAUGAUUCAGAAGCUGAGCUUGAUUCAGAAGUAGAGCUUUCUUCUGGGACUUCAACAACAACAGUCAAUGUACCAUCCAGACCUGUCACAGUUGUUGUUGUACUAGAACCAGUCCAUGUUGAAGUGGUUGUUACUGUACUAUAG